AUGCAGAAAGAGAGAGGCCAUGAAAGUCUCUAUCCCGUAGCGUGGGCUUUGAGAUCCAAGCCGCCAUUGGAUCCCCUCGUCUUAUGCGCACACGAUCGGAUGCUGUAUGCUUUCAAUGUCAAGAGCCGCCAAUUCGUAGCUGAGAUACGAGGGCACGGAAACUCCAUCACCUCCAUCGCAGUGGAGGCAACUCAUCCGUCGAUUGUUUGCACGACGUCGCGUGACUUCAGCGCCCGUAUCAUUGACUUGGACAUGGAGCCCAGGCAGGAGCCAAACAACCCACCAAUGCCUCCUUCCAAGGUGCCGAACCUUGCUGGCGCGCCUGUUGGGCUACAGAUGACGGGCCGUGAGGGUAAUGGUUUUGGACGGUGUCUGGCAGUUUUGGCCGGCGGACGUGCGGGUGGUCAUCAAGCCGCCGUCAUGGGUGCAGCGUUUCACCACACGUUUCCACUCAUAGCAACUUGCGGCAUGGACCGUGCAGUCAAGAUAUGGCGCUUGCCUUUACUUUCUAAUCCGGACGUCUUCUCUCGAGAGGAUAAGCCCAUCUUCAGCAGCAGCAGGAUUCACGAUGCCCGCGUGCUCUCCGUAUCGUGGUUGAGCGACGAUGUGUUGUUGACGCAUAGUGCACCCGCUUCACUCCGCCGAGAUCCCGACGACGUGCAGAGCCUGUACACACAGGAUGGCCAGGCUAUCGUUUGGCAAUGGAUCGGGUUGCAUCGCUUUUUCCCGCCAGACAAGGGAGCGGCAGCUUGGCCGAACGCGGCGAGGCCAUGUGCAUCCGUAAGUGAAGGAACUUCAGCUGUUCACCGCCUGUCGCUGAGGACCGCAUAG